AUGGAGGACACGCCCUAUGACAGCCUCACACGAGAGCAUCUUCAGAAGAUGGCGAAGUGGAUCGUCAUGCUUCGAGGCGGUGACGAAUCUUCAGAAUCUACAGCCGCAAAGGCAGAAGACGUGCUGCAUGAAGUCAUCGCGAAGAAGUUUGGGGAGGGCUUUGAUCCAUCCCGAACAACUGAUGGCAGAAGCAAUGAAUGGCAGCCAGGAUUUGUCCAGAUUCGCCACUAUCGAGAUGCCGUUUACCGGCUUUCCAAGGAACCCCAAGGCAGACAGUCUGCCUGGAUCCAGCAAGUCUUGCGGGAUAUAGCAGCUCAUCAGGAAUUCCACAAGGAGCUCCUAGAACACGAAGCAACAUCAGACAGCUUUGCAGCGUUCACGGCAAAGAUGAACGUGCUUCUGACAAACUAUCUAACAGCCGCCAAAGACGAGGUGCAAGCCAGGGAGAGCAUGGAAAGCUUCUGCACUCAUGCGGCCUACAAGCAGCAUACGUAUCUGUAUGCCCAGGCAAUUCUGUGGCAACUGCGAGGCAAGUGCCCGCGCCAACACCAAGCGCUGCUAGCCCUUAGCCAGGCGCUGACGUCUCGUGGUCUCCAGCGCUUUCCGUCUCACGUCUCUCGCUUUGACCUGAGCCUGAGUGGGGACGACAAUGCCAAAGAUUUGGCCGGCCUUCUACUGUCAAUGUCUCGACGAAGUGGCAAAGAGCUCGCUGCCGAGGCUGCAAAGGUUUGCCGCGUCCUGGAAGGCCUCUUUGGGUUCCAGGACGCCCGGACGGUUCUGUCCCCGAGCCUACAGGAGGACCGAUCGCCAAGUACCGAGGUGGCAUCGGAUGCGACAGAAUGGGGUGAACAGGUGUGCCCGGUGUGCCCAGACCCAGAGGGCCAACCCCAAGUCCCAGUUGGCCCGGGCUCUCCAGCUGCUUCAUCUGUCCGCGACAACGCUACAGCUUGGAAUUCCUCGAUCCAGGCACCCUCUUGGACAGCCCGCCGUGAAAGCGAGGGCGACUGCGAGGAAGACAGAACCAGUCAGCGCCUGGAUCCAACGAAAGGCAAGAGAGGGGUGCAGUGGCAAAUGCGCAGCCCACAGAUCUUCCACAAGCUUCUGGUGCAGUUUGUUGAUCCCGAAAACGAAUUCCAUCCGGCUGAUAAGCGGCCAUGCGCGAAGCUAUUGGCAAUAGUUUGCCAUGACGGCCUUAACUCAUCGGAUGAAGCUGUGCGCCAGUCCGCGCUCGAGGCUGUGGACGAAGCCACUUCCGACCUGUGCGCUGUGUACGAAGUCAUGCACGGCGACAAGGCGUUUGCUGUUCAGGUAAACAAUUUGAUCCGGCGAAUCCCGCAAUCCUCCGCUCUGGGUUGUGCUGCAAGCCUCUGUUGGUUGCGGCACCACGGCAUCGGCGGACGCUUGGGAGGCCGGGAGCGGCUACGCCGCAUGUCUCAGCCGGUGGUGGCCCACCUGCUUCUAAAGGCAUGCCAGGCACACGACCGGCAGUUUACGAGGAUCCUGGAGAUCACGGAAUACAUACUGGAACAGCUCGAUUCGGGUUCGUUUGACACCGAGGAGGUGGUGUCAUCUGGUGAGGAGCACAAGACGCCAGGCCAUUCCGGGCUUGCGGGCCAGGAAACCAGAGAGAUCGAGGAAAGCAGAAGAAAAUGCUUUGGCUACAUCCUCGAGCUUCUCGUGCACUUUGCCAGGGAGUCCUGCUGCGUUGCACUCGUUUCGAGUCUUUUGGCCCGAAGAGGCUCCAGUUGGAUCUCCGGGCAGAUGCAGAGCUUCUUGCAAGGUGUUUUCCGUGAGCAGCGCCAGUACGCUCCGGCCUUCGGAGUUGCUGUUGUGCGGCUGCUUGCCUGCGAUCCUGUUGGAACGGCUUGCACGGCCACGGAGGAGCAGCGUAAGCUGGCCAUCGAGUUUUUGAAAAAAGUCGGGCUGUUGUGCAAGGAUGAUCCAUUGUGGAAGUCAGAGUUCGACAAGGCGACCGAGAAAGUGAAGCCUUUCCUGAAGAAGGCCCCCCAGACCAAGGAAUCCCCUUUGAUUCAAGACGGCAAGAACAAGGCUUCUGCCGGGCCGAGCGCGGGCCAGAAGAGAGAAGGAGGAGCUUUGGAGGAUCAUCAGGCCAAGAAGGUGAAGCAGUCGCCACGGUCAUCGUCAAGGCAGUCGCCCAUAGCCACACCGUCACCGGGACAGUCGCCUGUGCCUUCGCAGCCAGACACCAACCAGGACGAUUGGGAACCCCAGAUUCAGGCUUUGCAGGGCCAGUGGCUUCGGGACUUUGACAACAUGAAAGUACUAGUGAGAGGAUACAAAGCUAUCUUCGGCGAUGGGCAGCAGAUGCAGACGAUGAAGCUUCAAGCAAGGCCAGGGAACAAGGUGAAGCUGGCCGAAAAGUGGGCAGCCGUGAUCGAUAGCCAGCGACCACAAAGGAUCAUAUGGACGGGUGAGUCCAACGGCAGUACUCGCAAGAUCAUCUGGCAAAGCGUCCAAGGUUCCAACUCGAAGCCACCAAAGAGAAAUGCGUCCUAG